AUGGCCUCUCAGGCUAAGCGGAGGAGAGCGGAGGGGCCGCCAGAUUGUCGCGAGGAGGGCGCCGAUGGGGAGGAUUCUGAGGAGGAAGAAGAAGAUGAUGAAGAGGAUGAUAAUGAAGAAGAAGAGGAGGACACAGAAGAAGAAGAGCUCAACGAGGAAGUGAAUGUUGAAUUUGAAGCACAUUCAAUAUCAGAUAAUGAUCAUAAUGGAAUAAAGAAAUUACUACAACAGCUUUUUCUAAAGGCCCCUGUUAACACAGAUGAGCUGACUGAUAUAUUGAUACAACAAAAUCACAUUGGGAGUGUUAUCAAGCAAGCCGAAGUUUUAGAAGAAAGUGAUGAUGAAGAUGAUGUUGAUGAGGUUUUUGGCUUUAUAAGCCUGUUAAACUUAACUGAAAGGAAGGGUACCCAGUGUGCUGAACAAAUUAAAGAGCUGAUUUUAAGCCAGUGUGAGAAGAACUGUGAGCAGAGUAUGGUUGAACAGCUGGAUAAGCUGCUAAGUGACACCAUCAAGCCUGUAGGCUUCCUGCUAAGUGAAAGAUUCAUUAAUGUACCUCCCCAGAUCGCUCUGCCCAUGCACCAGCAACUGCAGAAAGAAAUGACAGAAGCGCAAAGGACAAACAAACCUUGUGGAAAAUGCUACUUCUAUCUCCUUCUUAGCAAGACAUUUACUGAUGCAAAGAGUAAUAGAAAAAAAGGAAGCAGUGCACAGAAGAAAGAGGAACUUAUGUUUUCGAAUGCUGAGGAAGAAUUCUUUUAUGAAAAAUCACUUCUGAAGUUCAGUUACUCCGUACAAGAGGAGAGUGACAUGUGUUUGGGAGGCAGAUGGUCUUUUGAAGACAAGCCCAUGAAACCUUUGAGAACUGUGAUGGUAAUCCCUGCUGACAGAAUGAACAGCAUCAUGGAUAAACUCAAAGAAUAUCUUUCUGUCUGAACCACUAUCUAUCUGCUGGCAGUGGCUUUGUGAAGGCAUCCAAGAGUUCUUUGACUUUCAAAUAUUUUCUAGAUUUGUUUCCAUGAUAUCAGUUCAGUGUUCUUUGAGUACACCUUCAUAGUCAAACCUGUCAGCCAUGCAGUUAGCUACCUACAACAUUCUUACAUGCCAUAAUAAAGUCAUCAAAGAAUCGAUGGAUACCUUUUCACCAAUGAUAUUUUCUGUCUAUUAUCAAAGAUGAUGAUAAAGUGUUACUCCACUUUGUUUAACUGUAAAAUGCUUGUAAAUUUCUUAUAGCUGGAGUGUAUAUAGUACACAGUUAUAUAUGCUUCAACUUAGUCUUAUCUAGGAGGCUUACUGGAUAAAACAUCGUUGUUCAGCAGGCGUUUCAGGAUAUUUUUCAAAUUCUCUGUCUUCAAUGAUGUUUUUUUGUCCGUCAUCUAUUGCUGAAAUGGGUGUUAAAUGAUUGAUUACUUCUUGCAGAAUAGCCUUGCUUUCACUAGGAGGCAGGUUGCUAAAAUAGUACUGAGGCACCAGCUUCAUAAAUCUGAUAGAAAACGGAAUAAACAAGAGAGGGAAUAUGUUUUUAA